AGCUAAUCGAACUGUGACGUCAUAAUCGCAACAAGAUGAAUCCUUCUCGGAGCUUUGAUGGUGCCGAAUUUUCACGGAAUUCUCCGCGAUGGGGAGAGUACGAGGUCAUGGAGAAUGGCAAGGACCUAAGAAAGAGUGAUGGGCUCUCCAGAUUUCGGAAUAACUUUGACUGCUGUCAUCAGGUACCAGUGGAGGGCUACUCCAGUGAAAAGUUCGAUGGCCACAUGAUUCCGAAACCAACCGAUGUGGACUGCAGUGUGGUUGGGGAUACAAAAACUUACCGAACCAGCAGCAAGGCUAGGGAGGCUACAUUUGAAGUGUUUCCUCAGAAUGUAACAUCGCGGACAGACGAGGAAGGUAAAUUUGUUCUGGAAGAGCCCACUAGAGAGGCAAUUGACCAAAUGCAAAGAAAAAUUUACUGCAGCUCUGGAUAUAAUAGCGUUUACCCAGAAACUGCGGGAACAGAUAAUCUCGCAAAUUCUCGUUCAGUGUGUGAAGCGAGAAAACCAAAACGGGUAAGAUUUGCUGAUGACAUUGGUUAUAAUCUAGAAGUCAAACUAACUCCAAGGCAAGAUUACGAGGCCAUCAUCGAUCCUGAAAACUGGCCUCGAUUUGAAAACGAGGCCGAUCCUUCUGGUCCCGAGGCCUUUUGCGCAUAUUUUGGGAACACUGAUAAUUCAAAGCCAGGAGUAUCUAGCUAUGAAUAUCCAUACACAGUACCGAUUCCUCCAAAGAAUUUGCUCGAUGGAAGCAGAAUUAAAGCAACAGAUAUGGACAAAAAUCAAAACUAUCACUUUCUAACUUCUGCCAUUUACAAUUAUCAAUUACCAUCAGCGUUGCACAAUGAAGAUCUGUCAAUUAUAGACCUAGAUUUUCCAACAGACAAAGAAAAAGUAAAGAAAGUCACUCAUUCAAUAAAAAAGCACGAGCGUCCUUUGAUUCCCACCAAACUCGUCUCGGAAAUGAAAACUGUAAAAGAGGAAAUGAAUAUGAUGGAAGCAAAAGUCCCGGGAAUUCCUAGAACCAUACCUCUUUGGUCUCGUAGUGACCUCCCCUGCACCAUCAAUCAGUGGUUAGAUUCGGCAGCCUCAGAAAAACUAACUCUGGCAGGACAAUCUGAUCUACAGAAACGGUACCACGAGGAUCACCAGGAGUCCAUUCCAGAUUUAAGGAACAACAAACGAUACAGCAAGAAAGUGUUCUUUGAUGGUUUCAACUCUUCGGCAUACAGAGGAUAAAAAAAUAUAAGGAAUUGUGAGCUCCUCUGUAUUUAAAAAAGCGCUGUAAGGAUUUAAAUAAAUUAUGCAUCAAUAUA